CUCUCCUUUCUCCACAGAUGGAAAGCAGGAGCGCGUCAUGUUCGAUAAGAUCACGUCCCGGAUCCAGAAAUUAUGCUACGGACUGAACGGAGACUUUGUGGAUCCGGCUCAGAUCACAAUGAAGGUCAUCCAGGGGCUGUACAACGGCGUCACCACCGUGGAGCUGGACACGCUGGCAGCAGAAACCGCGGCCACGCUUACCACCAAGUACCCCGACUAUGCCAUCCUGGCAGCGCGGAUCGCCGUCUCCAAUCUGCAUAAGGAAACCAAGAAAAUCUUCAGCGAGGUGAUGGAAGAUCUGUACAACUAUGUGAACCCCUUGAACGGACUCCACUCCCCCAUGGUUUCUAAAGAGACCCUGGACCGUGUGUUGGCCAAUAAAGAUCGUCUCAACUCCGCCAUUAUCUACGACAGAGACUUCUCCUAUAACUUCUUUGGAUUUAAGACUCUGGAGCGCUCCUAUUUACUGAAAAUUAAUGGAAAAGUGGCAGAACGUCCCCAGCACAUGCUGAUGAGGGUGUCUGUAGGAAUCCAUAAAGAUGACAUCGAAGCAGCAAUAGAAACCUAUAACCUUCUGUCCGAAAGAUGGUUCACCCACGCAUCGCCCACUCUGUUCAAUGCGGGCACCAACAGACCCCAACUCUCCAGCUGUUUUCUGCUCUGCAUGAAGGAUGACAGCAUUGAAGGCAUUUACGACACUUUGAAGCAAUGUGCUCUGAUUUCCAAGUCCGCUGGAGGGAUUGGUCUCGCCGUCAGCUGUAUCCGGGCCACUGGCAGUUAUAUUGCGGGGACCAAUGGUAAUUCCAAUGGCUUGGUUCCAAUGUUGCGUGUCUAUAACAACACCGCUCGCUAUGUGGAUCAAGGAGGAAACAAGAGACCUGGUGCAUUUGCGAUCUACCUGGAGCCAUGGCAUUAUGAUGUCUUUGAGUUCUUGGACUUGAAGAAGAAUACUGGAAAGGAGGAGCAAAGGGCAAGAGAUCUCUUCUUUGGUCUGUGGAUCCCUGAUCUGUUCAUGAAACGAGUGGAGUCUAAUCAGGACUGGUCCCUGAUGUGUCCUCAUGAGUGUCCAGGUCUGGAGGAUGUGUGGGGAGAGGAGUUUGAAGAGCUCUACGAAAGGUACGAGAAAGAGGGUCGGGCUCGCAAAGUAGUGAAGGCGCAGCAGGUGUGGUACGCCGUUAUUGAAUCGCAGACAGAAACUGGCACUCCAUACAUGCUCUACAAGGAUUCGUGUAACCGGAAGAGCAACCAGCAGAAUCUUGGCACCAUUAGGUGCAGUAAUCUUUGUACGGAGAUCGUGGAGUACACCAGUGAGAAGGAGGUUGCUGUAUGUAACCUGGCAUCUCUCGCACUGAACAUGUAUGUAACUCCUGAGCGGACCUAUGACUUCAAGAAGCUGGCAGAUGUGACCAAAGUCAUAGUCAGAAACCUGAAUAAAAUCAUUGAAAUCAACUUCUAUCCAGUCCCUGAGGCUGAAUACUCAAACAAGAGGCACCGACCCAUCGGAAUUGGAGUGCAGGGCCUUGCCGACGCGUUUAUCCUAAUGAGAUAUCCGUUUGAAAGUGAAGAAGCUCAGCUACUGAACAAGCAGAUCUUUGAGACCAUCUACUACGCCGCUCUGGAGUCCAGCUGUGUACUCGCCAAAGAACUGGGAACCUACGACACAUACGAGGGGUCUCCAGUUAGUAAAGGGAUCUUGCAGCACGACAUGUGGAAUGUGACCCCUACUGAGCUCUGGGACUGGAAAUCCCUGCGGGAGAAGAUUGCCAAGUAUGGGGUUAGAAACAGCCUCCUCCUCGCUCCAAUGCCCACAGCGUCCACUGCACAGAUCCUGGGGAACAAUGAGUCCAUUGAGCCGUACACCAGCAACAUCUACACCCGCAGAGUCUUAUCCGGGGAGUUCCAGAUUGUGAACCCACACUUACUAAAGGACCUGACGGAAAGAGGCUUAUGGAAUGAAGAGAUGAAGAAUCAGAUCAUUUCCUGUAAUGGAUCUAUUCAGAGCAUCGCAGAGAUCCCUGAGGACCUGAAACUACUCUACAAGACCGUGUGGGAAAUUUCUCAGAAAACCAUCAUCCAGAUGGCGGCGGACAGAGGAGCGUUCAUUGAUCAGAGUCAGUCUCUGAACAUCCACGUGGCGGAGCCCAACUACGGCAAGCUGACCAGCAUGCACUUCUAUGGCUGGAAGCAGGGAUUGAAGACUGGCAUGUACUAUCUGCGAACGCGGCCGGCAGCAAAUCCCAUCCAAUUCACACUAAAUAAGGAACAGCUAAAAGAAACCCUUUCAAAGGAGGCCGAAAAAUUGGAAGAGAAGGAACGCAAUAAAGCCGCCAUGGUGUGUUCUCUAGAAAACCGUGAUGAUUGUCUCAUGUGUGGAUCCUAGAAGAGAUUGCAGCUCCUGCUCUGUAUAACAAACUCAGACUUUUAGGCCACUUGUGACCGGCAGUCCCUGUGAAGCCUUUUCCUACACGCACACAUAAUCUGCAGUCUAUUGGGUUGGGCCUUAGUUCUCUGUUCAUUACCUGGAGGUCAAGAAAGGUCCUUCUCAUGCACUAGAAAAUAAUGAAUUGAUCUUUUUUCUA